AUGGGAAUGACCGGGUCUGGAAAAAGCACAUUUAUCUCGCUGUGCACUGGACAAGAUGUUCCCGUCGGCCAUGAUUUGCAAGCUUGUACACAACACGUCACUGCAUACCAAUGCAAAUGGUCAGAUACCUAUGACAUAUAUCUUCUGGAUACACCAGGGUUUGAUGACACGAAUCGAUCAGACACCGAGGUUCUCAAAGAGAUUGCUUUGAGUCUUGCCAAGACAUAUGAAGACAAUGUCAAACUGAGCGGGAUCCUAUAUCUUCAUAGGAUCACAGAUCGUCGCCUAGGCGGAUCUGCUCAGAAGAAUCUCAUGAUGUUUCGGAAGCUCUGUGGCAAGGACAGUCUCAAGAACGUUAUUCUCGUCACUACUAUGUGGGAAGGCGAGGACGCAGCAACAGGGGAAAGACGAGAGCAAGAGCUGAUCGCCACGGAUGGUUUCUGGGGAGCCCUGGUCGAAGAAGGCGCUCAAGUCAACCGCCAUAACAAUACCCGCUCAUCCGCCAUGUCCCUGCUCAGAACUGUUGCCAAAAACAACCGAGUCACUAUUUCCAUCCAAAAGGAGAUGGUCAGUGAGCAUAAAGAUCUCAAUGAGACUGAAGCGGGAAUUGGCCUCAACUCAAACAUCCUUCUAGCUGAGCAGAGGGUCAUGAAGGAGAUGUCAGAAGCACUGGAAAUGGAGAGGCAAGCCAGGAAAGAUCAGGACGAAAAGUCAGCCGAAGAACAACGCCAAUAUCGCGAGACGAUGCAGAAAAAGAUUGACCAUCUCAAUCAAGAACGAGAGAACCUCAAGGUCAGUCUUGAAGAGAUGAAGGAGCAGAGGCGUCGCUUCAAAGUACUGGAGGGCAAGUAUAAGGAAAGCCAAGAACGUAUGCGCCAGCAAGACAAGAAGAUCGAGAGUCUAGAAAAGGAACACAAACAGCACAAGUCCCGAGAAAAGGAUAUACUUCAACAAACUGAAGAGGCCACCAAGGAAAUCGAGAGCCUCCGCCUUCAGCUUAGUGGAAGAGGUAAUGCUACAAUGGAAAUUUCAAGUAUGAGACCUCGAAGCUCUGGGUCUCAUUACGUGGCGGACUCCAACAAUGUGAAGUUGUUUCUAUCAGGAAGACACUACUUCCUUGGAGGCGAUAACAAAUAUUAUGCGUAA